ACAGGGAGCCAGGGUUUUGAGAAAGACCAUGGCCAGCUGCGAACCGGACCCCCAGAUCGAGGACUGUCCCCUGGAGGCGCUGGUGGAUGAUGAGGUCCCAGGACCAUCAGCCCCACACGUGGACACCAGCUCCCAGCCCCAGAGUUCUGCCGGCAGCACAAAGAGGCCUUGGUCCACAGCCUUCUCCAUCUCGGGCUCUGACUCCGACACGGAGGCGCUGAUAAAGAAGCGCACAAGGCCCACGGAGAGCUGGGCUGUGGAGUGGCUCCUGGGGCUGAAGAUGAGGCUCAAGAAGCAGCGUGUGUCGACGGUGCUGCCUGAGCACCACAAGGCCUUCAACAGGCUGCUCGAGGAUCCCGUGGUCAAGCAGUUCCUGGCCUGGGACAAGCAGCUCAGAGUAUCUGACAAGUACCUGCUGGCCAUGGUCGUCGCCUACCUCGGCCGAGCUGGCCUCUUCGCCUGGCAGUACAGGCGCAUCCAUUUCUUCGUAGCUCUCUACCUGGCCAACGACAUGGAGGAGGACGAAGAGGACGACGAGCCUCCCAAGCAGGCCAUCUUGUCCUUCCUCUUCGGCAAGGAUGACGCCCAGCGGCCCCUCUUCGACCACCUGCGCCUGCAGUUCAUGCGCUGCAUGGGCUGGAAGGCCUGGGUCACCCUGGAGGAGUGUGAGGAGAUCCAAGCCUAUGACCCAGAGCUCUGGGUGUGGGGGCGAGACCGGGCCCUCCUAGCCUAAGCUGCUGCACUGACACCAGUGGUCACCGGCCAGAGGGCAGCCCCACACGUGGACACCAGCUCCCAGCCCCAGAGUUCUGCCGGCAGCACAAAGAGGCCUUGGUCCACAGCCUUCUCCAUCUCGGGCUCUGACUCCGAGACGGAGGUGACACCU